UUCCCCUUCAGUUAAUUUCUUCAUUCCAAAUUCUAAUUGGACAUUUUUACAUUUCUCUCUGCAUCAGAAGAUUCAGAACCACCGUGGAAAUGUCAGACUGUAUCCCAAACGAGGUUGUCAUCGAGAUCCUCUCACGACUGCCGGUGAAAUCACUCAUCAGAUUCAAGUGCGUUUCCAGGACAUGGAGAUCUCUCAUCUCUAGCCCCCACUUCAUCGCCGCCCAUCUUCAUUUUGCUCUUUCCAACACCCAACACCCACCUUACCUUCUCUUUCGUCACUACGACGGUCAACACAAGAAAGACUGCUUCCCUCUGCCUUCUUCAGGUGAGAAUGGUGUUUUUUUCGCAUACCCAUCAGAUUUCAUAGAAUUGCGUUACCCCCACAAGAGCAUCAACCAAUCCUUCACCAUAGUUGGUUCGUCUAACGGCCUACUUUGUCUCAAUAUUUUGUACAACGAUGGCUAUGUUUUCUGGAACCCUUCUAUUCGAAAAGCUACAUCCCUUCCGGACCCCAGCAUCAGAUUUAGUUCUCAUGGUCCCUUUUUGCAUUCUCUUGGCUUUGGCUAUGACCCCACAACCGACGAUUACAAGUUGGUGAGGGUGGUGUAUCUUGAACCUGAAGGCACUUCUGGUGUUUCUUUCGACGCCGUUCCGCCUCUGGUUGAGAUUUAUACCCUUCGCACCAGCGCCUGGCGCUUUGUUACCGCCCCGGGUCCUCCCUAUGUUGUCGACGAGUGGCCCUUAUCGGUUUUCGUCAAUGGGGCAGUCCACUGGCUCGCGCACACUCCGUGGAAUAAGGGUGCUUUUCGCAACGUGAUCGUGUCGUUCGAUAUGGGAGAUGAGGCCUUUCAUGAGAUGGCUUUGCCUGAGAGUUUACGAGGGUCGGAACACUUGAACGUAACUGUUGCGGUGCUUGAUGGGUUGCUCGCGCUUGCCCCAUGUAACGGAUGGUGGGGGGAAGAGCCUUACUCUGUGUGGGUGAUGAAGGAGUAUGGAGUAGUGGAGUCUUGGACUAAGCAAUUUGAUGUUGAUGUUAGAGAAGGAUUAGGGAGGGUGGUAGCCUUUAGAAGAAAGGGUGGAGUUCCAGUGAACAAGGCUGGAGAGUUGGUUUCUCACGAACCUAGUAGACAACGAAUUUUGGAUCUUCCCAUUUAUGGCUUAACAGAGUCGUUUUAUUUGAGUACUUACGUGGAGAGCCUUGUUCUACUGAAUAUAGCAGAUGGAGUCUUGGAAAGAUAGGCAAGCAAAGGCGAGAUGUGUAAUUUUAGUUUUACUUCUACUUGUUUGCGGUUCCUCCAUUACUGUGCUUAACAUAAUUCUGUUAUUGACCUUCUGCAUACCCCUUUGUAUAUCCCUGCAAAAUGCUUAUCAAAUUGCUGGUCCAAAGCGACUGGUUUACGUCCUUGCAUCGUGCUACUGUUAUAUAUUUACAAAAAUAAAGAAAGGGUUCAGCAA